CUUUUACCAUGGACAAACCAAAUGAAAAGACAAGCUUGGUCAAGAAGAAGCUUGGCAGCAAUGCCGAGAUCGAAAUGUACGGCCGCGGGGGUAAUCUGUCCGUGAAUGAUUUCCACGACGACAACGACGACGAUGCCGCCAAGAAGCACGACCUCAUUCCUGUUAAGCAAGAAGCCAUGGAGCUGACGAGCAUGGCGUUCCAGCUGUCCCUUCGACAAGUGGUGCGUCAAGUGAUGACGAUCACGGACGCUGCGUUCCAAGGCCACAUUGGCACGAAACAGCUUGCGGGGGUGACGUUGGCAGGCGUGUACAUGGGCGUGCCGUCGGCAUUCAUCCAAAACGCCAUUCCGUCCAUCAGUACGUUGUGCAGUCAAGCGUACGGCGCUGGCAACAACACCCUCGUGGGGGUCUGGCUGCAGACGUGCAUCGUGUUCUCUAUCGUCGGGACCAUUCCCGUGAUGGUGUACUACAUGUUUGUCGGGCACAUCAUUGCGUUGACGCUGGACGACCCCGAAGCCGUCGGGUACGGCCAGAAGUUUGCCAUGGUCAUGUCGUUGGCGCUGAUUCCGCAGUACCUGUACGGGUGCUUGACGACGUACUUUGCCGCCCAGGGGGUGAUCAUGCCUGCCACCGUCUGCAGCGGUAUCACGGUGGUGCUCAACAUUGUGUUCAACCAAGUGUUCAUCUACGGCGCGUGCGGGUUCGACGGCCUGGGGUUCAUCGGGUCGCCCAUCGCCACUGUCGUGUCCAGUUGCUUGCAGCUGUUCAUGUUUGUCAUGUACACGAUCUGGUACAAGCAGUACCAUGUCAAGUACUGGGGCGGGUGGACGUGGGAGUGCGUGAGCAAGGAGCGGCUCGUCGUGUUCCUGCCGCUGGCCGUGCCCAUGGGGGCGUCAUCCGUGGUGGACUGGGCAUCGGCGGCUCUCACGUCGGCCUUCUCGGGCAUCUUGGGCCCCGAGAUCGCCGCUUGUCAAGCUGUGCUGAACGGGGUGUGGGGCGUCGUGAAUUCGUUCGUGAGUGGAUUCAGCACCGCGACCCAGAUCCGCAUGUCGCGGUACCUUGGCGAGGGCAGCGCCGUGGCCGCCAAGCGCGUGCUCACAGUAGGCGCCAUGAUUUUGUUUGGGACAGGGCUGUCUCUGAUUCUCGGCGUGUUCUUACUCAACGAGUCGCUGUUCCGCGUGUGGAGUCCCGAUCCAGUGAUCAUCGCCAUGUGCCGGUCGGCGUUGAUAGUGUUCUGCUUGUGCAUUUCCGUAGCAUUCUGUCGAUUCAUGAUGACAGCGUGCUUGAACGCGCUGUCCAUGUCGAACGUCAACCUCAUCGCCAACAACAUUGCGUCGUGGUGUGUGUACGUGCCACUGAGUUACGUCUUGCCCAUCACGUUGGACUGGAGUUUGGCCGGGUUCUGGUGGGCCGAUGGGUUUGGGGAACUGGUCAAAGCGAUCAUCUUGAUGUGGGGCCUCUGCCGCGUCAACUGGGCCGCCGCCGCCGACUAUGCGCAGAAGUCGGCGUCUGUCAUGGACACGACCAACGCCGCCGACGAAGAGAAGCGUGAGCUGCUCGCGUAUGAGAAUGAGGCGAUGAUGACCUCCCAGGCGUACAAGAGCCCUGUGAUGCAGUUCGGGUCGGCGCCCCACCACACCCCCAGCGUCAUGAAGCGAGCGAUGUCACUGACUCCAAAGAUGCAACGGCGAUCGCAACAAGGGGAUAUGGUCAACGUCUAGGACCAGAGUUGCACUAGGCAACUCGUACGUACAUUUGUCAUAUAAUGAUUGGCUGCGGUGUUUGAAUGGUGAGCAUCCACCACCCAAGACGCUACAGUACAUAGGGCUUCCGUUUCAAAGCGACUUUUGUUCACAGUGAAACCUUUGUUAGCUAGCUUGGACCAAAGAAUUUUCAAUGUAACGUUCCCUAAAUACUAAUCAUUUCUCGAGUGA